CCCAUUAUACACUUUCAGGUUGGGAGGGGGUGAGGGGGGAGUGUUAAGUGACUAAGGAAUUUCAGAAGCAAGGUAUCCAGGACCUUGAGAGGGCUAGCUGUUGUUGGGACAAAGUCAUUUAUUACUGUCUCAUAAAACCUGAGUCACGAGACCCUUCAAAUGUUUAUCGGUGGGCUGUAUGUUUGGGGGAUGAUUGCCAACACAUAUUUUGGGGUGUUUAGAGAUAAAGGAAGUUUCCAAAGGAUUUUUUGUAUGUUAAAGUAGACUCACAGGGUCCUGGGCAUUGAGGUAAGAUUGCCUUUUGCCCUUAGCAAAGUAUUAGCACAGAGGCCCUUGAGUCCCUAGAAGAAUGUCACUUUGCCUGUUUCAAGGACUUGUCAAUGGGCUAUAGCUAAUAAGGAUAUUUAAUAAUUUUUCUUCCACCUUUGUUUCCCACAUUAGAAACCGCAGGACAAAGAACUCACCCAUCCGCCUUCAUAUCUGUGUCCUGGAAUGCUAUCUCUGAGGGAGUUGGCCUGCGUGAGGGGAAGGGAAGGACACGCUGUGUGCUGCAAAACCAUAAUGACAACAGCUAGAGCCAGAGCUGUUGGACCCGGGGGUGGGGAGAGGGCGGUCCAGUGUCUUCCCUGCUCCAGGCCACAGGUCCCGGCCAGCCUGCAGGCAUGGAAGGAGCAGAAGCCACAAGGUAACAGCCCAGGGACUAGUAGCUCGACAAGGCCUGUGCAGGAGGCUCCAUUUGUUUCUGUCCCUGGAAAGCAGAACUUUUCAAGACUGCCAAAGGAAAAGCUGGCAUUCUAUAUUCAAGUCACGGAGGUAGUAGCUUCCCUUGACACAGCCAAGGAUCCCAGCAGCAUGCCUCUGACUCACCCAGGUGCUCGAGCAUCAUCACUGCUUAGUGUCCACCCUGCUAGCGACAGACACCAAUGCCCAGCCUCUGAGUCAGCCCACGUCUGGAGACCAGCUAGCCACUUGGUACUACGUCUGUCCCUCCCACGCCAGGAAAGGAUGUGCGCAAUGACAUUUGGCGCUUGGAUAUCUUCAGGAUCUGGUAAGAGUCCUCGUCUGCACAUCACUCCUCAAGCCCUAGAAAGGGAAAGGACGUCCGCUCAUCCAGCCUAUUUCUCCCUGCAGGUGAUCUCCGCGCGCAGAGCCUUCCGUGUGUCUCCGCCGCUCACCACCGGGCCGCCGGAGUUCGAACGCGUCUACCGAGCCCAGGUGAACUGCAGCGAGUACUUCCCGCUGUUCCUGGCCACGCUCUGGGUCGCCGGCAUCUUCUUUCACGAAGGUACGGCGGCCCUGUGCGGCUUGGUCUACCUUUUCGCGCGCCUCCGCUACUUUCAGGGCUACGCGCGCUCUGCGCAGCAAAGGUUGACCCCGUUGUACGCGAGCGCGCGCGCGCUCUGGCUGCUCGUGGCGCUCGCGGCGCUCGGCCUGCUCGUCCACUUUCUCCCCCGCGCGCUGCGCGCCGCGCUCCUGGGACGGCUCGGGAAGCUGCUGCCCAGGGCCUGAGAUGGAGGAAGCCUGGUCAGCGGAACCGGAGAAGGGCCGGAGCUUCCGGGAGGACAGGGGAGGGGUGCCCGCCCCAUCUCAGUCUCCAAUUAAAGUGUCGAUGGCUGGA